AUGCGUUUCCUUAUCUUCCUGACUGUUUUCUACUUUGUUGCUGUUGUGGUCAUGAGUGCUCCGGCUCCUACUGAAGAACUUAUUGGCGGUAAUGUGCCUCAUCCAAGUAAAUUUUCCCAACCAGUAUAUUCUGUCAAACGCGGUCCUGUUUCAGAAAGUAGUGAAGGAAUGAGACUUGCUCAAGGGCAAGGUAGUGUUGUCGAUUCCCGACCAAUCUGGGAAGGUGGAAAAGACGUGAAGCCUUGGAUGAAGGACCGUCAAAGACCACUCACCGUCGAUCCCAGCAAGAGUGCUAACAACUAA